GACGAAGCCGGGGAGCGCAGCUAGAUGGCGGCGGCCGAGGCAGCGCCGGGGCCCAAGGGGGUGGCAGCGCUGGAGCUGUGGCUCAAUAAAGCCACAGAUCCAAGCAUGCCUGAGGAGAACUGGUCGUGUAUCCAGUGCUUCUGCGACCAGGUGAACACCGAUCCCGAUGGCCCAUCCCAUGCACCUUGGCUGCUGGCCCACAAGAUCCAGUCCCCGCAGGAGAGGGAAGCUCUUCAUGCCUUAACAGUGCUGGAGGUAUGCAUGAACUAUUGUGGAGAGAAAUUCCAUGGUGAGGUGGCCAAGUUCCGCUUUCUGAAUGAGCUGAUCAAAGUGCUUUCUCCAAAGUAUCUUGGAUCCUGGACCACAGACAAAGUCAAGUCAAGAAUUAUUGAAAUAAUGUUCAGUUGGACAGUUUGGUUUCCUGAGGAUAUCAAAAUACGAGAUGCUUAUCAUAUGCUGAAGAAACAAGGAAUCAUUAAGCAAGACCCCAAAUUACCAGUGGACAAAAUCUUACCCCCACCUUCUCCCAGGCCCAAGAGCUCCAUCUUUGAUGCUGAUGAAGAAAAAUCAAAGCUCCUGACAAGACUUCUGAAAAGUAACCACCCUGAAGAUUUACAGGCAGCCAACAGACUGAUCAAGACUCUCAUCAAGGAGGAACAAGAGAAAUCCGAGAAGGUGUCCAAAAGGAUCAGCACCAUCCAGGAGGUCCACAGCAACGUGAAACUGAUGAGGGAGAUGCUGAGCAACUGUCAGGGGCCAAAGGGUCCAGAGCAACUGGACCUGAAGAGUCUACAGGGCCUGUAUGAGAAGUGUGAAAAGCUGAGGCCCACUCUGUUCCGGCUUGCCAGUGACACUGUGGAUGAUGAUGAGGCCCUAGCGAAGAUUCUCCAGGCCAAUGACAUACUCACUCAGGGUGUUCUCCUGUAUAAGCAGGCAGUGGAGGGCCAAGUCAAUGCUGGGAACUUGGUGCCCAGCACAGUCAGCGGCAGCACACAGGGAAGACUGCCUGCCUCCCAAGCCUUGCAGCAUAAGGAAGGCAGCAUCAAAAGCUACUCCCUGAUUGACUUUUCUGAACUGGACUCUGGUCCUGGCGUUCCUUCGGAGCAGUAUGAGCUCACAUCAUCUUGCCUUCUAGAGAAAGAGCUGGCUACUUUAGGCCUCAGUGAUGCCCCAGUCGCGUGCAAGACAUCCUUAGACUCUGUUGCUCUUCAGGUUGCCCCAGAGAAUGGUUACCUGGAGGAUGGAAAUUUCUCCUACAGUACAGUGGCCAAGAAGCCCUUACCUGGCAGGGCUGACCAGACAAAUGGCUCCCAAGGCAGCUCUGAGGAGAAGAAAUUGUUAUUUGGCUUGUCUGCUCCCCAGACUUCUCUAAUCCCUGACCUAUCAAGCACAUUGAAUUUCCUUCAUCAGAAAACACUCCCCAAAGAUUCACUGGUGGGUACCAAUUCCUUCCCAGAAGAGUCUUGGGAGACAAGACUGGGAGACACUCCUCCUCCAUCAACACCCCUGAAUAAAUCUCUAGCUCAAGUUUUUGUUCCACUAGAAUCAAUUAAGCCCAGUGACCUGCCUCCCAUCACCGUGUAUGAUCGAAAUGGUUUCAAAGUCUUGCUCCAUUUUUCCCAGGCUGGGGCCCCAGGUUUCCCAGAGGUCCAGGUACUGUUGCUAUCUAUGCUGAGCACAGCACCACAACCUGUCUGGGACAUUGUGUUUCAGGCGGCUGUGCCAAAGGCAAUGAGAGUGAAACUGCAGCCAGCCUCCAGUUCUAAGCUCCCUGCAUUUAGCCCGCUGCUGCCACCUGCUGUGAUCUCUCAGGUUCUGCUGCUUGCAAAUCCACACAAAGAGCCUGUGAGGCUAAGGUACAAGUUGACAUUCACUCAAGGUGGGAAGCCCUUCAGUGAAGAAGGAGAAGUGAGUGAUUUUCCAGACCUGGCUCUCUGGAGUACAGUAUAACCUGAAGAUGGACUCUCCUGGACCUUGCCAUCAAGCCUUAGCCCAUAUCUGUUGCUCACUUUUGCCCAGGACUGGCUAGGGGUUUUGAUAUGAAGUGUAUGGGUGGGUGCUGCUGUUUGGAGGGCAUAUGAGCCAUGUGUGAGAUGCAUCUGACACCAGUCUUGAUAUUAUCUAGUCUGCCAUCAUCUCUGAUGCCUGUGUGGUGAUGGACUUUCUGGAGACACUGGGAUUUUAUAAGCCAAAGCUAACAGCAGAGGCCCGCGUUUCAGGGAAUCAUUCCAAAGUGGAAUCUUUUAUGAAUGUUGCCUCAUUGUUCUCACUUUUGUGCCUUGUCAUCCCUCAGAUGUGUUGGGGCUCCCAGGCUGCUCCAUUCUCAGAAUCCUUGGAGACAUUUGGUUGGUCUUGGGUACCCCUUUGCUUAGGAGACCCUCUGCCAGACUGACAUCUUUAAAGAGGAUCCUUUUCUCAUUUUUAUACAGACUGCUUACAAUUGAUUGAAGAAAUGUUCCAAAUGGAAUGCUCAUUGCACACGCCUCUAGAUUAGAGGGACACAUAGUAGUUAGCUUCUACCAUAGUAUUUUCCACCAUUGUGCCUUAUACCUGCCCUAGAUGGACAGUCUUCAGGUAAAGGAGAAGAAGAAAGUAGUCUCCAUUUCUCAUUUAUGUCUUCAGAGCUUCUGCCUAAAAACUCCACCUCCCCUUUCAUCCUCAUCAAAAGCUUUUUUCUACUUGCUUAUUUGAGCAUACCAUUUUAGGCAUUGUACAACACAAUUAAGAUAGUCUUGGUUCUUGUUUUUUAGGUGGUUUAUUGAUGCAGAAAGACAUAAAAAGUACAUAACAAGAAGUUUUGAUUGAAUAUGUAAAGCAUUUACAUUGAAUGAAUAAAACAGGAACAAGUAUA